CGAAUACUCAAAGAGCUUUUAAUUCAUUGACUUCGGGUGCGUUAUUCUGGUGAAUCUAACGUUAUGCAACGGGAAUCCUACAGUUAUUCAAGUUUUUUGCGUCAACAACGACAACAUCUAGAAGAUAGUAUGCCAGAUUUAUCUGCUCAGUUAGAAAAGCCUGAAAGUCCUGUCUUAAGCUGCCAAAAAAGCCUACGUGAGAAGGAAAUGGAAAUAGAAUUGGCGAAGCUAAAAUUACAAGAAGUGGAAAAAAGGCUCUUGUUGGAAACGCUGUUACGAGAAGGAUGUCCCCAAAAUUCUAGCGAAAGAGGAGACAUGAAAAGCGACACCUAUCCUACAACGAAUUAUGUAGAAAGAUACUUCGAACUGCCAAAGCCAGAAAUAAGGAGAUUUGACGGAAACCCAAAGGAGUAUUGGAUAUUCAUGAAAGAGUUUCAGAAAGUUGUAGAAGAAGCGACAACCGACGACGCCAUACGUUUGAAUUACUUAAUCCAAUUUUCACAGGUAAGGCGAGAGACUCUAUAGAGCAUUGUACUAUAAUGAAUGGCACAGAUGGCUUUAUAAUGGCUAAAGAUAUCUUAAAAAGGAAAUUUGGUCAGAAUUACAUGGUGGCUAGGGCCUUUAUAGAUGAAAUAAUUGACGGGCCACCAGUUAAGAACGACGACUCGGCGGCAUUGGCUGACCUUAGUCAAAAAAUGCAAACAUGCGUCGUGACAUUAAAACAGUUAGGUUACCAGUCCGAUUUAAAUGCAAGCAGAACACUAGAAGCUAUUGUGGCAAGGUUGCCUUCGAAUCUCCGGUUUAAAUGGGCGGAAACAGCGGUAGAUUAUAUGAAACAAGAUACAGAGCCUACCUUUGAGGACUUAGCUAGGUUUAUCGAGGAACGUGUCAACAUAAUGUGUACGAGAUAUGGAGAACUCGCAGCAAAUUUAAAGUCAGAUAAACGAGUCCGGAACGUUGUUUCUUCUCAACCACCGAGUACAAAAAGGAACGUGUUUACAUUGAAGCACUCGCCUUCAAGUCAACGUCAAGAAAGGUAUUUAGUGUGUAUCUUAUGUAAAGACAACCACUUUCUAGACCAGUGUCCAACGUUGCUAUCCCUUGAAGUAGAUAAAAGGUUAGAUCUAAUCAAGGAGAAAAGGUUAUGCCGAUUAUGUUUAAAGGCUAAUCAUAUAGCUAAGGAUUGUAGAUUGCGCAGAGGAUGUACCGUGGAGGGUUGUGGUGGUAGGCACCAUACAUUGUUGCAUGUUACGACGGACGUCUCACCAUCUAAUGCGAAUGUUGCUACUAAUUACGUUUCAAAUUCCCGAGCGGAAAAUGAAGAACCUAAGGUGGCAUUUGCAGUGGUCCCAGUAAUUCUCCGCAAUCGUGACCGUACGGUAGAAACUUUAGCAUUCUUGGAUAGCGGCUCUGACUCGACAUUGGUACUUAAGGAUAUUGUCGACGAUUUAAAAUUACCUAUGGAAUAUGCCCGUGUUCGGAUAGAGACUAUGAAUGGUUACAGAGAGAUGCGGACAAAUGCGGUACAACUAGAAGCUAGCUCAUACGAAUCUGAUGAGUCAAUUCGGAUAGAAAGAGCAUAUGUUGUUCCCAGUUUGCCUAAGAUUAAGCGAGUGGUACCAGAGGAGAAGCAGCUUCGAUUGUGGCAACAUCUGCAGGGAAUAGACCUGAGGAGAUGUGAAAGUAAGCGAAUAGGACUACUGGUUGGCUGCAAUGUUCCUGAAGCACAUAGAAACUUAGAACAAAGGUUAGGAAGACCGGAGGAACCGUACGCGAUAAAGACCAUAUUUGGUUGGACACUGAUAGGACCCCUUGGUACUCAUGUCACAAGACACAUAAAGCCAAAUCAUCUCAGUCUCUCAGAAAUUGAAAGUACUCUUGAAAGAUUCUACCAGCAAGACCUGUUAGAGGAAAGUCAGUCUAAAGAUAAAGAUUUAUCGAUUGAAGAUAGAACCGCACUCAGAAUCAUGGAGAAGUCUAUCACGUUAAAGGAUUGUCAUUAUUGUAUAUCACUCCCGUGGAAAGAUUCACAGUUAGAAUGGACGGAUAAUAAGUCGUAUUGUUUGCAUCGUCUGAACGCUUUACGCAAACGACUGUGUACCUCUAAAGAUUUAGCUAGACGCUAUGCGGAUGCAAUGAAAGAUUACCUUAUAAAGGGAUAUGCAGAAAUUGCGCCACCGUUAAAUGAUAACUCUAACGUAUGGUACUUACCGCAUCACCCUGUCGUCCAUCCAGCGAAACCAGAGAAAAUUAGAAUAGUAUUCGAUUGCGCUGCUAAACAUGAAGGACGAUCAUUAAACGACAGGUUACUCUCUGGUCCGGAUCUUACUAAUUCGUUAUUGGGUGUAAUUCUUAGAUUUAGACAAGAAAGGGUAGCAGUAAUGGCUGACAUCGAAGCAAUGUUCCACCAGGUUAAAGUACCCGAAUGCGAUAGAGACGCUCUGCGUUUUUUAUGGUGGACGAACGGAGAUUUUACUGACAGCCCUGAAGAACUUCGCAUGACAGUCCACCUAUUUGGAGCAACCUCUUCUCCUAGUUGCGCUACGUUUGCUCUUAAUCGUACCAUCAAAGAUAACAAGGAAAACUAUGACAAAGAAGUUUACGACAUGGCUACACGUAGUUUCUACGUAGACGAUUGUUUAAUUAGUACUCCCAAUACUGAAACAAGUUAUCGAGUAGCAACUCAGUUGAAAGAUAUGUUAUCAAAAGGUGGAUUCAACUUGACUAAGUGGAUUACUAAUGAUUCAACAUUAGCUCAACUGCUACCUGAGUUUAAUUGUAUCGGGCCAUGUGUACACAUCGGGCACGGCGAUCAUACCACUUGUCGAGCUUUGGGCAUAAGUUGGAAUAUAAGCGAUGAUACCUUUCGUUUUUAUGUCGGGAGGGUAAAUGAACCUGUUACACGUCGUAAUGUAUUGUCAUUUGUCGCCUCCAUAUUCGAUCCCAUGGGUUACCUAGCACCUGUUAUUCUCCCAGCGAAACUUAUCCUUCAGAAACUAUGCAAAAUGAAAUUUUCUUGGGAUGAUUUAAUAGUAGGAGAAGAACUAAAGGUUUGGAGAAAAUGGCAAGGAAGUCUUACUCAUAUAGAAAAGAUAGUUUUGCCUCGGUCAUUAAAUGCAGCCGAAUGUACUGGAAUCGAACUACAUAUGUUCAGUGAUGCCUCUAAUAAUGGAUACGGAGCAGCAGGGUAUUUGCUACUACUGAAACAGCAAAGUGUUAAAGAAUGUCGUCUGAUAUUCGCUAAAGCUAAAGUAGCACCUAUUAGGGCUACGAGUAUACCACGUUUAGAAUUGGCGGCAGCAGUUUUGUCUGUGAAAAUCUCCAAGUUUAUCCGAACAGAGAUGACUGUUACCAUACUCAAAACAGUUUAUUGGACUGACUCUCUCGUCGUACUCCAUAGCAUAAACAAUGCUUCCAAGAGAUUCCCUACGUUUUUUGCUAACAGGUUGGUCUAUAUACAGGAACAGACGAGGCCAUCAGACUGGCGUUACGUUAGUUCUAAGCUCAACCCAGCGGAUCUGCUUUCCCGAGGGUUCAUAGUAAACCAAGAACGAAAAUUAAAACGAUGGCUUAGUGGUCCAACAUUUUUAUUGCAGGGAUAUGUUCAGCAGGAACCACACCAGAACACUAAUGCAUGCUCCUAUAUAAACUAUAUGUUGUCAAAUAAAGAUUUAUAUCCAAACGAGAAUCAACCUACGUUUCUGAGUCGAUUCGAAGCUGUGAAUUCAUGGAUGAAAUUACAACGAAUGAUAGCUUGGCUUCUACGUUAUAAACAUCUCUUGAUGAACAAAUUAACUAACCAACAAAACCUCACAGUCGCAGAGUUAAGAGCGGCUGAGCUCAACAUUAUCCGAUUGGCGCAGAAGGAAUGUUUCAAUGAUGUAUUUAAGCUGUUGAAUCACGUCCCGGUGGUGACGAGUGAGAAGGAGGUCGACCGAACAAUUAAAGUAGCAUUAUGCAAGUCUUCCAGUCCACUACGUCACUUGAAACCAAUUACGGUUAAUGGAGUAAUAAGAGUUGGUGGGCGCUUACAGCAAUCAGGUCUACCCUUUGAAGUAAGGCAUCCGAUUAUACUACCGCAUAAUCAUUUUAUUACCCGUUUAAUUAUUAGACAUUAUCAUGAAGCGAAUGGACAUAUGGGAGUAAACUUUCUGAUUUCAACAAUCAGUGAAAGAUAUUGGAUCAUUAAAGCAGUGAAAACCAUCAAGUCGGUUCUCAAUAAUUGCUAUAAGUGUCGUAAGUGGUUCUCUCAACCUUGCCAACAGGCUAUGGCACCCCUACCAGAAGAUCGUUUUAUGUACCACUGUAAUCCAUUUACUGUGACAGGUGUCGAUUAUUUUGGACCACUAUUUGUGAAACGUGGACGGACCGUGGAAAAGAGAUACGGCUGCUUGUUCACUUGCUUCAGCUCAAGAGCGGUUCAUUUAGAAAUAUCCAAUACCCUAGAUACCGAUUCUUUCCUUUGUGUCUUUAGCCGAUUUGCGGCACGUAGGGGCUACCCACAACGCCUGUAUAGUGACAACGGCAGCAACUUUAAAGGUGCAGAAAGGGCAAUAAAGUGUUUAAUGAGAGCUUGGAACCAAGAAAAAAUAUCGAAAAACCUUGCCGCCCACAAUUGUGACUGGAUAUUUAACCCUCCAAAGGCUUAUCAUCGAGGAGGAAUAUGGGAGCGAAUCAUCAAAACUAUUAAAAGAAUAUUAGUAGUUGUUCUCGACGAACAACCGGUCACCGAUGAGGUAUUACAUACGACUCUAGUGGAGAUAGAGAGGAUUUUAAACAACCGGCCUAUAGUGAAGAUGGUAGAAGAUGUCGAUGGCAUACAAGCGCUUUCACCUAGCAUGUUACUAUUGCCUAGAGCAAGCGAACCAGCUAGCAUCGAUGAAAAGGACUAUACAACAAAUUACAAUAGAAGAUGGCGACAAACAUUGUACUUGGUCGAUCUUUUUUGGAAAAGGUGGUUGAAGCUAUAUAUCCCAACGCUACAGUUAACGCAACGAUGGCACGAUCCUAAGCCUAAUUUGAAGGUUGGGGACUUAGUGUUGAUGAUAGAGUCUGCACGAUCGAGAGGGCAAUGGCCGAAGGCGGUCGUCACAGAUAUACAGGAAGGUACCGACGGCUUAGUUCGGAAGGUAACGUUAAGAACAGCUAACGGGACAGUGAGAAGAGAUGUACGGCAGUUAUGCAAGUUAGAAGGUGAAGUUGAAGAAUCACAGAACCCUGAACAAUUAGAAACAUCCCAGGAUUCUUCAACCUCAGGGGGCAGUGUUGGAUUUAGUUGUAAUGGUUGUACUACUCAUGAGUAGUUGAGUGUUUACUACAUAAUUUGUAACUUGCAUUUUAUUGGUUAGUAUGAUCGAACAAUCUAGAAGUUGUUUUCUAUUGGUCGAAACAUUGACUGUUUGGUCAGCCAUUUUGUUUGGCAUUCUAUUCGCUUGGUGUGUGGGACACGGAUCGUUGUGAUAAUUUGUUGUUGUUGUUGCUUAAUCACCUUGAAUAACCACACACGAUAUUUAUUUAUCUGUUCCAAAUAAAUAUUCCAAACACUCAAGGAGCUUUUACUUCAUUGACUUCGGGUGCGUUAUUCUGGUGAAUCUGACGUUAUGCAACGAAAAUCCAACAGUUAUUCAAGUUUUUUGCUUCAAUAACAACAACAUCUAGAAGACAGAAUGUCAGAUUUAUCUGUUUAGUUAGUAAACCCUGAAAGUCCUGUCUCAAGCUGCCAAAAGAGCCUACAUGAGAAGCAAAUGGAAAUAGAAUUGGCAAAGCUAAAAUUACAAGAAGUGGAAAAAAGGAUCUUGUUGGAAAUACUAUUACGAGAAGGAUGUCCCCAAAAUUCUAGCGAAAAAGGAGACAUGAAACGCGAUACCUGUCCUACAACGAAUUAUGUAGAAAGAUACUUCGAACUGCUAAAGCCAGAAAUAAGUAGAUUUGACGGAAAUCCAAAGGAGUAUUGGAUAUUCACGAGAGAGUUUCAGAAAGUUGUAGAACAAGCGACAACCGACGACGCCAUACGCUUGAAUUACCUAAUCCAAUUUUGCACAGAACCCCAUUCACGGUGGGAAAUCCUUGGCAACUCUAGGGAACAUGCACCCAAUGUACAUGACUGUCUGGAUCACAGCUCGUAUCAAGCGCGUUCCAUAUGACCUUUCCCAACAAAUUCACUAUUGAUCUCGGCCAAUCGCCAAUAGAACCUAUUGUGCACCUUCCUCAUUUGUACUCUAAUAUUGAAAAUGUGGCUGUAUAAUACUGUUUCUGUCAGUGAUAUGGUGUAAAUAUGCAAUCAGAAACUGUCUCUUAUACUUAAUUUAACUGCUAUAACUUUUACAGUAAUUGUGAAAGCAUUUGUGACAAUUUGAUCUAGCCUGUAAACUG